AUGAAUGAAAAAAAUGCGCCAAAGGAAAGGGGUGCCUGCUUCGAAUUCAAAGAGACGGGUCAUCAAGCUCGCAAUUGUCCAAUGAGAAUAUCAAGAGAUGCGACAGAGGGAAAUGGGAGAUCUGAUAAUGUUAACAGUUCGACCUCUAAGGAAAACAGUGGCCUUCAUUCACGAUUUGCCAAUUUACGAAAAAGAGUAAAGGAAUACGUGGGAGCUUGUUUAAUGUGCUUAGCUUAUUCUGUUCGUUCAGGGAAAAAUGAGGAAGAGUUGCAUCUAUGGGAUCGGGCAAAACGUUCUUUUGAAGCCAGCUUUGUCGACCACUAUGAGGCUUUGAGAAAUGCAACCUUGGAUUAUAAGCAUGUAUUCUUAAUAAUUGACGGCUAUACCAAAUUUGUUGUGUUUUAUCCAGUGGAAAAAAAUUCCACAAAAGAAACUAUAGGUAAACUGGAAAAGUACAUCCGUUAUUAUGGGAAAUCUAGAAAUUUAAUUUCGGAUCGGGGAAGUUGCUUUACGUCAGAGGAAUUCACUUUAUUUACAAAUAAUCACAUUAUAAAACACACCAAAAUCUCAGCUGGUUCUCCCCGUGCCAAUGGUCAAGGGGGAAGAGUAUUUCGAUUUUUGAGAUCUACUCUAGCAAAGAUUGCUAGAACAUCUGAUUGGAGAGAUAAAUUAAUAGAUGCACAGUUUGCAGUCAAUAAUAAACUAAAUCGUUCGAUAGGGUGCACCCCAGCGUGA